ACAUACUUUUUUAAUUUUUUAUACUGUUGUUAUGGUUUUAUAGUCAAUCAAUCAAUAAUAGAUAAUGUAAAUACAAAUAUUAAAUUUUGUGCUUAAAAAUAUUUAUUAUACCAUUCAAUUUUGACUUAAAAAUAUGAAUGUUAAACAUUUGUUUGUUAGUCAUUUAUUAUUUAUAGUGUCUGUAAUAUGUUACCAUAAUCAACCAGUUUGUUUGGCCGGAGGAGAAGUAGCAAAAAGUUUUGAAUUCCCUUUUAUGACAGUCAUAUAUCAUAAGACCAUGUCAUGUUCAGGAGCAAUUAUAUCAGAAGAAUGGGUUUUGACGGCAGCUCACUGUUUUUCAAUUAACUAUAUAUUAGGUAUAAGACCUAGCGAUAUCAAAGUUAUAGCAGGCAUAGUAAAUUAUGUUGAACGAACAAAUAAUUCACAAGUCAGACAAGGAACAGAAGUUCAUAUACACCCAAAUUAUAGAGUAAAACGAGUUGCCAAUGAUGACUUAGCUCUUAUUCGUGUCAAACCAUUUUUUAUGACUAUCGCUGUUAAUAUCAUUCAUGUAUCAGAUAGAGGACUUCCAAUAAAUGAUUAUAUAGCAUGCACGGCUGUAGGUUGGGGAGAAGUUGAUAAACCACCUGGCCGCCAUAAUACAAUUUUACAUAAACUUAAAGUAUUUUCUUCAAUGUCUGCCAAAGCAUGUCCAGGUCUUCAAGAUUGGGAGAGGAGAAAAAUUAUUUGCUUACAACAAGAUAAUGGAAAAGGAUUGUGUGACGGUGAUUCUGGUGGUCCACUUAUAUGUCAAGGUGAAUUAUAUGGAAUAGCUCAUCAAGUAUACAAAGAAAUAAAAAAUAAUUAUGAACGAAAAGAUUUAGAGCGUUGUGGGGCAGUUGGUAUCACUCAUACAUACAUGUUUAUAUGUCCAUACUUAAAUUGGAUACAUCAAUAUAUUUCUACAGUACCAAACAUGCCACCAUCAUGUUACUGGAAUAAUGCAAAAUAA